AUGGGUGCAAUUUGCUUUGUCACUGCAUUUGUGCUUGCAGUUUCAUUAGAUCCCUUGUUCUUUUACAUACCAAUCAUCGAUGAGAAAAACAAGUGCCUUGACAUGGACGUCAAGUUGAAGAACGUAGCACUUGUUCUGCGGUCCCUCUUUGAUGUCCCCUUCAUAGUGCAUAUUGUAUAUCAAAUUCGUGAAGCCAUUAAAGCUGUGGCCGAGGAGUCAGAUCCCAAUGAAGAACAAGCAGCAGCAAAUUCGACCGAUUGGGUUUCGAGAAUUUUCGAUUCAUUUGAACACGUUGAUGCAAUAUGGGAAAAGCUGAGAUGGCGCUCUUUCAUAACUGACAUUCCCGUCCCACAAGUACUGCUUGUAAUCAUCUUUUUCAAAAUGGGAGGCCCUGGAUAUUUGGAAAAUAGGAAGAUUUUGAAUUUCUUUCUUCUCCUUCAGUACGUGGCAAGGAUUUAUCGAAUACACCUAUCGUCUAAGGUUACAAAAAGAUCUGGAAUAUGGGUUAAAUGUCUAUUCAACUUUUUUAUCUACAUUCUUGCAAGCCAUGUGUUUGGAGCAUUUUGGUAUUUCUUCGCUAUUCAACGAGAAGUGUCGUGCUGGCAUCAGAAAUGUGGUCCAGAUUGUCCAAGCGGUUAUACGUUUUACUGCAACAGGGAUAACGGUACAGCCACAGCUAUGCAGUCAUUUAUAAAUGGUCUAAAUACAAGUUGCGCUCCAGGUGGAGACUUUGGCUUUGGAAUAUUUCAAGCUGCCCUUGAGUCUCUAAUUUUGGCACGAACCUAG